AUCAUCCACUGAAGCAGCGGGUGCUCCUCGAGAAGAGCGCGCGUCGAAGCCACGAGCGCAGAGAAGAAGCAGGCUGAGCAAUCGACCAGGUCGCCAUGUCUUCCGAGUUUUCCAGGCGCCCAAUGACGACCGGUUCAGACGACUCGUCGUCCCAAAGCAGCGAUGGGUCUGAAAUCAACGUCAAACAUGCCGGCGUGAGGGGUGAUGACACGGAUUCCUCGCCGAAGGUCCUGCUCACUGAUGUGGAGCAUCUGCUACAACCGAAGGUGCCGCCCGGCUCGACCGCCGAGAAAGGCACCGUGUCCGCCGUUAAGCGCGGGGUCACAGAUGCUGCCAAAGGUACCGCUAAGCCAGGUGACGCCAUGGCCAUCGUCGCUCCCCGAACACCUUCUGUCAGGUCGGCCACGAAGCGCUCACUGGACUACAGCACGGAGAGUAUAACCAUGGAUCGUGCCGUCAGACCUGUGCAGCAGAACCUCGCUAGUGUCUGGCAGCGACCGCUAGACCAGCGAAGCGGCCGUAAAGGGGGCGAGAAACCGGGCUACGACGACGAGGAAGGGAUGGUGGCGUCGCCCCCUGGCGGCGGAGGUCGCGGCGCAACGGUCGCCUGGGCAGCACCAGCCAAGCCUGCGCUGAACCCUGGCACUGCCGCUGGGGCCCCAUCUGAACAACCGAUGGCCAGCGGACCAGAAGUCACUGCGAAACAGCCGCCAGGUUCGGGGAUGACGGACGCAAGCAGGCGAUAUUCCGUCGCUGCAUCUCCGGAAUCUCCCGAACAGCCGAGAAAAUCUUCAGGUGGUGUCGCCGGAGCACCUACGCCACAGCGCAGGCAAUCUUGCGUUGCUUCUCCUGAAGCGCUUGGACAACAGCGCAGAAAAUCGCUAGUCUCUGCUACCUUGGCCGCUGGCUUACGAAGACAACCUUCAGCCGUCUCACUCUUGGAGGGCAGAGGUACCCGAAAAUUAUCAUCUGCCGGCUUUCCAUGGGCGCUCGACGAUGCUCGAAGGCGAUCAUCCGUCAUCAGUCAAGGACCAGCCGGCAAAGCGAGCGGGAACCACGAUGAAGAGUCGUAUUCGUCCUCGCCACCUCGCGAAGACACUGCUACAACUCCAGAUCUUCCGUUGAUGAGGCGUCUUCCGGCAAAUGUCAAGCCACCCACCGAAGUUAAGCGCCCAUCGGUAACUGUGAAGUCGCCCACCGCACUUACGGCACCUGCUGCCAUGCCGGCUGGAACGUCCGAGCCACCGGAAGUGACUGGUGCUGUGACGUCGUCGGCUGAACCGGAAAAGACCAUUGCGGCCGAAGGGGUGCCACCGGCGCUAUCGUCAACGACGUCAGCGUUGGCAACGCCGGCAUUAUUAGCUUCACCGACCCCAACGACGCCAUCGGUAUCACUGGUGCCACCGGCUCUACAAGCACAGGCACCGCCGAGUGCCGUUGCGAAGGCCGUUGGAGCUGAAAAGCUUGAUUCGAAAAAGACUGAACCUGCACCGAAGAGCACCUGGUGGACAUCGUUGGCGCAACCUUUCUCUCUGUCCGGAUCGCCAGUCAGCAGCGGUGGUCUGAGCUCAAGCGAGGAGGCUCCUGUGUCGACUCAUCCGUGGCGGUACCCUACGGCUGUGGGCGACAAUCAGCGCGCGCAAGCUCACUCCAACGUGAAAAUGAAGCGCGCGCCGCACGUCACAGAGGACCUGAAGGAUUUUGGCGCGCUCCUUGGCAGCACCGUCGGCGUGGCUGCAGGAGGGCAGACGGCCACAGGACCUUCGGCAGCAGGAAACGUCAGCAGGGGGGCUCCGCAGCACAACGAGAUCGACAACAGUCUGGAUUACACAUACGGACUCCGACUGCAACCUAGCCUGGAGAGCGUAGGGAGUGACCUGGUAGCCCACCGGAGGCGCCGCAAGUUCAGUUUUGUUGGCCUGUGUGGCAGGUGCUUCGUGCUGUUCUCCUUGAUCUCCGCAGCAGGUGGUCUGCUGUUCUUCACCUUCCACCUUGGACAGACCCUGUCCCAGAACUUCGCGACGCCGGGAGUGAAGUUUACCACCACAGUUGCCACCUCGAAAACAACUCCGCCUUCGAGUGUUGCCGCCAGCCCUAUUCCCACCUCGUCGACGAUGGAGACAACGGAAGCUACCACUGCUAGCACCACAAGGGCUUUGCCCUCCACAGAAGAACUGUACGAUGACCUCGCCGGCCGGGUCACGACUUGCGAAAAAAUUGCAUACCCGGAUCCACUACCAGCUGUAUCGGUAGUGGACACCUCCUAUGUUCCGUACAAAGAAAGCAGCAGAACGCAGUACCGGAAGCUGCUCUGCGUCAUCGACACCAGGUACUUCUCUCCAAGGCGUCCGUACAUUGUGGAGCUGCUGCCCACAACGUACUGCUCGGAGGUGAUUUUCUACGCUCUGUACGUGAACGCUGCAAACCCUUUUAAAAUCAACUGCAAGCGUGGCCAUAUUGACAAGGAGUUCUUCGGGGAUCUCGCGCGGCUGAGACAGACGCGCACACAUCGCGGCGAGCAGCUCCGACUUCACCUCACUCUGGGCGGGGUGCCCGACGAUUCGCCAAACUUUGUGGAGGCGCUGGCGAAACACGAACUCCGCGACCGCGUCGUCAUGGAGCUGCACAGCACCAGUAAUUAUUUCGACGGCGUGAAUAUCCACUGGGACCGUCCAGGUGGCGCCUGCGACCAGGAGUUCACACCAGCCUAUUUCCGCGCCUUUGUCGAGGCGUUGUACAUGAGGAACAUGAGCCUGAUCCUCACGGUGCCGCCAGUGCUGGAGCUGGUGCGCAAGUUCUGGCUCAUCAGCCUGACGCGCUACAUGGACUAUGUCAUCGUCACGACGCACACGCUUCGUCGAAAGGGAGUGCUGGACUGCUCUGGUAGGCGAGAGUUCGCGGUGGCUUCGUACUUCGCCAUUCGGGACCACGUCUUGAAGGAGACGGGCAGCCCGUUCAUGGCAGCGAAGGUCGUCUACUCCAUUGCCCUGGGCGCCGACGUGUUCCGGGCCACUCUGCCCCUGAGCUCCCCACGGCUGCUGGAUGCCGGCACGCCGUCCAGCGUCUUCGACGGCCCCACGGUGCAGGCGAACAAGACCAGCUACGACCACGUGUGCCGCAUGCCCAAGGGUGUCUUCGACGGCGACAGCGAGUGCGCCUACGCCAUCCGGCAGCAGAGCACGGGCGGAACCGAGCUCGCCUUGUACGCGGGUCCCGAGGAACUGGCUGCGCGCAUGCGCAACUCGUACGCCAGCAAGAUGGGAGACACGACGGUUGCCGUGUACGACUUGUUUUUGGACGACUUCGGCGGCAACUGCGCUUAUGCCGGAGCGCCGACUACGACCGGUUCACCCCUGGUGGCUGCCAUCGCUGAGACGGGACUGUAAUCGUAAUUGUAGCAUAGCAGUUACCGAAUGUUAUAUCGCGGCAUGGCCCUCCAAGCUUGUGACACCAGGGCGGCUUUGCAGCACACUUGCACUCGUGGUUGCGCUCGGCGUUUGACACGAUCUACAUCGCUUCAGCGAUCCUUUUUUUCAUUUAUGUGUUUAUUCAUUUGAUUAUAUCUGCUUCGCUUGAUUAAUACAGGCAUUUUCGGUUUUA